AAAAGUGUUAAAAAUGUCUUCUGACUUCCCAUCCUUUUUUUUUUUAUUUCUUAGUUCCCCUAUCGUGAAUAUGGUGUGUCAUCAUCUUCUGGAUGAUGCUACUAAUUGCGGAUAGUUAAAAGAUUCGAGGCAACAAGACCGUGAUUUGAGAUAUCUACCCAAAAGGGUUCGUGGAGCGACAGAAACUUGAAUGUCUGUCUUACAACCCGUAUAAUGCAACAGGAAUCGUGUCCCAGAUAACAGUAGCCUAGAGACCUAAUGUAGGUGGCCUGCAUGCCUUUGAUUGUGAACCACAAAAAGAACCGUCUAGCAUGGUGCUGAGAACACAUGUUUUGAACAGAGGAUGAUUGGCACGGGUUUUUCUUCUAUGAUGAAUCGCGAUUCUGUCUGGACAGUGACUCUAGACGUAUUCUUAUCUGGAGAGAACCCAAUACUAUAACAUUGUCGAAAAAGACCACUAUGGUCGAGGAUAGUCCGGACGGGCAUACCGACCUUCAUGUUUUCGAUUGAUGUACUCUGACUUGUCAGCAGUACAGGGCCGAGAUACUUUCACCUUAUGUGAUAUUUUUUUGGGUUCAUGUGGAACAAAUACCCUUUUUAUGGACGAUAACAGCCGUCAACACCGAGGUUAGUUGGGGGACGUGUACCUGUAGUAGAAUAUUCAACGAUUGGGUUGGCCUGCGAAAUCCUCUGAUCUUAAUACCAUCGAACGCGUAUAGGACACUCGAUUGCAACUCGAAGACCAGUUCCAACGACACGACUCAAGUGUGCCCCGGUGCAAGAUUGUGUACGGUUGCCAUAGGCAUUGGUAUAGAUAGACCCCUGGUUAACAGUAUGAAAUGCUGAUGCGGUAGUUGUUAGAGGCGAUCGUACACCCAAAUAGAUAUCGAUUUCUCAUGAAUUUUCACUGACUGACAGGGUGUCGGUCAGCUACUGUGCUACACAAGUGACCAGUUAUUUAGGGUACAGUUUGUGCUUAUUUUUCUUUUAUCAUAGAUUGGUCUUAUAUCCAUGAUAUUUUGGCAAGAUUUGGUUUUAUUUGCUUUGGAAAAAAAUUUAUAUAUAACUUUUUUUUUCUUUCUCCUUUCAAAAUUUUAUUAAUAGUAUUUCUUUUGUGUGCAAAGUAAUAGUCUACUAUUUAUCUUCUGCCAAGAAAAUGAAAUAAAUCAAUUUAAGAAAAAGCUAAUUAUACAUGGAGAAAAUUUUGUUUUGUUCGACAGUUAAACUGUUUAAACAUAAAGUUCUACAAAAUUUCAGGUAUAUUUCUUCCAGUAAUAUUUCUACAGUAUUAAUUUCAAGUAAAGUUUCUUUUAUUUGUUACGAGCUCUUUUUAGCAUUUAUCGGAACGGUAUUAUGAAUUUAAGUUACGUAAAAAAAUUAAUUUUCCUUCAAAGAACAAGGAACUAACCGCAACAUUAAAUGUGGGCGAUCCUUAUCAUAGAUAAUAGAGUAAUUUGAUCAAACCUUUUUCCUUUUCAAACUAUAUUUUACGCAAACAGCCAUGCAAAGCAGCAAAACUCUCUAGUUGGAUAAUAAAUUUUAAUUACGAUUGUUGCCCCUCUACUUCAAAAUAUUUUUUGCAGUGCUACAAUGGGCAGUAAUCUGUUUGUGUUGUAAUUUUCUGAAAGGUAAAACGUCAGUAAUGCAAGUGACGGUAGAUUUUGAUGUGAGAAGAUGAAAAAAAUCUUUUUGAAAAACUUUUACUUGCUUUUAAUAUUUUUCCCGAGUUCUUUGGAAAUAUGUGAAGUACAAGUGGAGAAAGUGAAUUGCAGUGAGAAUGAACCAUUUCUACUUUACAUGUGUCGUGCAGAUUUUGAUGAGAAAGAAUGUCUGUGUGUUUUUGAAAAUCCAAUGCAAGAUGAGUCAGAAUGGUUAAAACUUUGUAAAAACAGAAACCAUUCAAUUUCUAGAAAGAAAGGAAUACAAAAAAGGCAAACCUCCUAUGCUAAUUACUGUGGAGCCAUUCAGUCACCUAGACCAGGAAAAUUAUAUUGCACGAACUUUCCAACAGAAAUAAUUUGCAAAGGAACAUGCUCGAACGGUUACAGAUUUUUAGACGGGCUCGAGGAACAUUCGCUUAAAUGCAGUUAUAGAGAAGGAAUUUGGUAUCCAAAUGCAUAUUUUCCUGACUGUGAACCAAUAUGUAAUCCACCCUGCCAGAAUGGAGGAAUUUGCGUCAGACCUAACGUAUGUUUAUGUUUAAAUCAAUUUAGAGGUGAAAGAUGCCAAUACUCUCUUAGACUGUGUGCUAUAUCCAAAAAUUUUAGAGCAAGUAGUUGGCAGUGUUACUAUGGAAGAAUAGAAACCGUCUGCAAUAUUAGUUGUUAUCCUCCAAGUUCACGAAGAUCUGUAUCAGAGGCUGAAACAUACACUUGUAGUACCAAUGGAGUGUGGUCACCAAUAUUACCGCCAUGCGUUGAUGGUUCAAAUCUUUGCAGUAAUCCAGGAGGCAUUUCAUUUGGAGAAUAUAUUCCUAUGGGCUCGGAAUUCAAACUCGGUGCAAAAAUUAUAUAUAAAUGUGAGGCCGGUUACACUAUCUCAGGAAGUGACACCAUAGAAUGUCAGAAACAUGGCCGAUGGAUGCCAGAAAAACCCAUAUGUAUGGUACAGGUGCUGCCUUCUUUGCCGCCUUCACCAACUAAUGUAACCGGUCAUUGCUUUAAGCCUACAACAUCAAAAAAUUCCGUUGCUAAGGUUACUCUCCCGAAUCUAGGGGCUCUACAAAGAUUUUUUUCUUCUGAUUUACCUAUACUCCAAAGAUGGUUUUGGAAUAUGAACGACACGGAAAACGAUGACGUCAUUGAAAAAGAGUCUUUGUUUCCAGUUGGGACGAGAAUUCGAUACAAAUGUAGAUCCCGAUUUUAUAAAUUAUAUGGUUCAGAGUAUCAAACUUGCCAGCCUUCUCUCACUUGGAGUGGUUACCAACCAACUUGUAUUCCUGAAUGUGGAAAGUCUGACUCUCCAAAACAACCUUUCAUUGUUAAUGGUAAUAUGACCCAAAUGGGACAAUGGCCAUGGAUGGCAGGAAUAGCCCUGAAGAAAAUGAACAGCUUGAAGAUAAUGUGUGGUGGGGCCAUGAUUAAUGAGUUGUGGAUUCUAACUGCUGCCCAUUGUGUGACACGAAUGAAUUCAAACAUACCAAUCGAUGCUAAAAAUUUAAUAAUAUUCCUUGGGAAAUAUUAUAGAAAUUUUUCGCUUGAUGAUGAAUUCGUACAGAUGAGAAAGGUGGCUCACAUUGUAGUCCACGAAGAAUAUGAUUUUAUACAUUUUGAUAUGGAUAUUGCCCUAUUGAGGUUAAGUGAACCAGCGGAGCUUACUGCACGAGUACGACCCAUUUGCUUGCCAACAGAAAUCACAAGUCGUGAAAAUAUCAGGGACGGUAAGAAGGGGAUUGUGAUUGGUUGGGGAAUAACAGAAGAAAGUAAAUACUCCAAUGCUUUGAAAGAAACGGUUCUGCCAGUUGUGAGCUAUGAUAAAUGUGAAGAAGCAUACAGGCAAGGUCUAAGAACAGUUACAAUUACAAAGAACAUGUUCUGUGCCGGGUAUGACAAUGGUGCAUCUGAUACAUGCUAUGGAGACAGUGGUGGGCCAUAUAUGUUUUCCAAUGAAAACAGGUGGUAUUUAGAGGGAAUAGUCAGUUGGGGAAGUGAGUCCGGAUGCGCUAAACCUCAGAGCUAUUCAGGAUUCGCAAAAGUUGGAACAUUUGUGUCUUGGAUUAACUUAUUUAUUUAAUCAAAAGAUAUAAAGCUUGAAUUUAACGAUGAUUUUUGGCAUUUUCAGCUUAUUUUUUUAAAAACAAAAUGAUUAAAUUUAUUUUGAGAACUAAAGUUAGAUUGAUUGAUAGUCUGCAAACCAAUACAGUUAGCUGCCUAGGAUAGACAUGAGUGGAAUUCUAUCUAAACCAGAAAAUUUUUAAGUUCAAACAAACCUUAUAGUAAAUAGCAUACAUUUAAAUAGUAUAAGCUGGAAUCGACCUAAUAGGGGAGAGAAAAGUUACAAUUUAAAUUACUAUUAGUUAAAGUAUCAGAAUUUUCCAAGCCAAUUUGCCGCUCCAUCUUCUUAAAUCUAAAAUUUAUCUGUGACCCAAAUGCAAUUAAGUAGAGACUAUAGGUGUACCCCGAUUCGAACAAAAUUUGAAUUUGCAAAUAAUAGAAGAUAAAAAUUAAAUACAAGAAAUGUCUGUUUUCAUUUGAUUUUAAUUCAACUAUAUGAAAUUGUUGUUAAAGAGAGCAGUAAAAGUGAACAGAGUAACAAUAUAAUAUGAUAGCAAUUCUUCCAGUUUUGUGAUGAAGAAGAAUGAUUUCCCAUAGUUUUAUGAAUGUGUGAUUUUAGUCAAUAGUUGUAUAGUGCGU